CAACCAGCUGCAGCCAGUUCAUGUCAUAAGAAGAUUGGGACAUAUUUAAUACUGUGAGAUGAUUGUGUGGCUGUAGUUCCGGUGUUGCUGAUGUCGACGGAGCUGAUAUAAGUAAAGUGAUAUUAAUAAAAUACACCUGGAGAGCCCCGUAACUCGGGGUUGAACACUUCACACCUUUUCCCCAUUUGGACAAGGAGUAAUAAAGUAAAAAUGGAGAAUCUGCACCCCCACUGCCUUAAAUGCAUCAACAGAAGAUGCAUGGUAAGACCAGAAACGGGUGUUUCCUGCGACCUCAUCGGCUGCCCUCUUGUCUGCGGGGCAGUUUUUCACUCAUGCAAACUAGAGGAGCAUCGUCUACUGUGUCCGUAUGAACGGCUGCCAUGCUUAAACAGUGGGUUUGGCUGCCCCUUCACUAUUGCAAGGAUCAAGAUGGCACAACAUCUUGAGACUUGCCCAGCAAGUAUAGUAUGUUGUACUAUGGAGUGGAACCGCUGGCCUGUGAGCUAUGCUGAUCGCAAGUCCUAUGAAAACUUGAGCAAAGACUUUGAUGAGGUGGAGCAGCUAGACAUGGCCUUGGCCCUGCAGGAUCAGAGGAUGUUGUUAGAGUCCCUGAAGGUCACGACCACUGUGUCAAAGAAUGGAGAUAAAGAAGUCGAUGAAAGUGACAAGAUGGCCACAGCAUCAAGUUUACCAGAGACAGUGUUAGGUAAUGGAUCAGUGGAAAUGGAACAAGAGCCCUAUACUGAGUUGUAUAGUACCUCAGUCGAAACAAGCAGAAGUUUUGCUGCAGCCUUGGACAUCCUCACUAAUUCCAAGGAUAUUGAUGUUAUUGUAGGAAAUCUAAAUGGGGAAAAGACUGAUAAGAAUGGAGCACUCCACAAUGGAGAAAAUGGUGAUAGUCAUAAUGUUUAUGUCGCCGAAGGCGGGAAGAAUGUAGAUAUGCAAGAGAGUGACUCUGAUUCAGAGUGUGAACUUGGAGCAGUAGGUGGAGUGGAUUGCGCAGUGGGAACAGAUGGAGAAGAAGAUGGUAUUGGCUGGGCAGAGGAAAAUGAUUUUGUAGAGUUGUUUUUUGAAGAAAAGGAAGAUAUUAUUGAGGAGCCAAUAAAUGAUUCCAACCUUGUCUGGCCAGAGAUGCCUCAGGAUUACAUGCCUGUUGUAGCUCUGGGGCCUCCUGUGCCUCAACAAGCACCACUUUCACCUCCAAUGCCAUUCCUGCUGUCUGAUCAUGUGAGAAACAACUUCUUGCAACACUUACCCUCUGAACUCAGGUAUAGGUGCUUGGAGCGUAAACUACAGAAUGUAGAAGUCCUUAGGGGUAUAAGUAUGUUUACAUUUAAUGGACGCAGGGCUCUGCUGUCAGACCCUUACUUAUUUCGAGCAAAGAUGGAGGACAAGGCAGUAGACACAUCUGACCUGGAGGUAGCUGAAGACCCCAUGGGCCUCCACGGCAUCGAUCUCAUCACUGCAGCUUUGCUCUUCUGCCUUGGCGAUUCUCCAGGAGGCAGAGGAAUCUCAGACAGCAGAUUUGUCGAUGGCUACCACAUUGACUUUGGUACUCAGACUUUCUCCUUCCCUUCAGCCAUUCUUGCAACCAACACCAUGGUGGGGGACAUCGCAUCAGCCUCAGCCUGUGAUCAUGCCAGCCCACAGCUUUCCAACCCCAGCCCCUUCCACACUCUCAGGCUGGACCUGGUGCUUGAAUGUGUGGCCCGAUACCAAACCAAACAGCGCUCCAUGUUCACGUUUGUGUGUGGACAGCUGUUCCGGCGGGACGAGUUCUCGUCUCAUUUCAAAAAUGUUCACGGGGAUAUUCACGCUGGACUCAAUGGCUGGAUGGAGCAACGCUGCCCCUUGGCCUACUAUGGCUGCACCUACUCCCAAAGACGAUUCUGCCCAUCUGUGCAGGGCUUCAGGAUCAUCCAUGACAGGCACCUUGGCUCUUUUGGGGUUCAGCCUGGUCUACCUUUAAAAACUGGGGACAACCUCCCAAGAAACACCCGCCACUUUGGCUCUCAGUGCGAUGGAUUCAGCAGUCUCCCAUUCGAGGUGUUGCAACAUGUAGCAAGCUUCCUGGACAGCUUCAGCUUGUGCCAACUAUCCAGAGUGUCCCGCACCAUGAGGGAUGUAUGUGCCAGUCUGCUACAGAUGCGUGGCAUGGUCGUCCUGCUGUGGGAGAAGAAACGGCGUGCUGAUGGAUCUCCUUCAUGGCAGAUAACAGAUAAGGUGUGGCGAUUCAGCACAGCUUUCGGUACAGUGAAUGAGUGGAAGUUUGCCAACAUCGCCAGCAUGGCCGACCACCUCAAGAAGUGCAAGUUCAAUACGAUAGCUCGUCGGGAGGAGGCCAUCCCUCUGCCGUGCAUGUGUUUCACCAGAGAGCUCACGAAAGAGGGGAGGUGUUUGCGUUCAGUUCUCAAACCAGUAGCAUAAGCGAUGAAGUCACCUUUUGGACAUUUCUGAGACCAUCAGAACUCAAAUACACGUGUAUUUUCCUCCAGUGUUUACAGACAUUAGUCUCCUCCAGCCUAAAAAAAAUAGAAAACUCCUGGUUGGAUGUUAUGAACUGUUGUUCUUUGCUUCACAGUGGAAAAAAAAAAAAACUUCUCUCCCAUAAAUAAGACAAAGCCAGUAGUGGUCUGAUUCAUACUCACAGAUCGGGAUUGUAACGAGCAAAUUUAAUUGCUAGCCUUGUAUCCUGCACUCUGAUGGAUUUAUUAAUACCACUGUACUGAAGUUCUACCAUUAUCUACUCUGACAUUGUGUAAAUAAUCAGAUGUUUUGCUGUAGAAUUUUUUUAUUUUUAUAUCUAAAAGUCAGUACUGUGCUACAUUGGAGGUAAGAGUAGAGCCUUAACUUGUGAUACACUUGAUUUUCUAGUCUUUAGGCUGUUCAGAAAGUCUCAGUGAGAUUUUCUCAACUGCUUCUAGCUGGAACAGUUUACUGGUAUCUUGCACGGUUUUAUAUCUUAUCCUGAUACCUAGAGUGACCACGUGUGUACUGCUUAGAGCUCAUAGAUUUCAUGGCUUUAAUUCUACACUUUAAGACUGACCAAACAUCUGUGGAAGGUCUGCACAAUGUACGCCAUUGUACAGGAUGAUCGAACUGUAUCACUGUGGGUGUUGCUUCUGUUCACCAGCAUAAGCAUGUCACCAUUAUCGUGUUUGGUGUUUUAAUGUAGUGUGUUUUGCAGUUUGGCACAUGGCGCUGAUGUUAUGGCGGUAACAAAGGUGGUCCAUCUUCUUCUCUUCUUCUCUCACUUCUGACUAACGGGCUGGCGUGUUAGUCAGGAUGAGAUACAAGAUAACACUAUUCACCAGCCACAUGGCAGUACAUUUUUAGCUGUGGUUGACUUGUGGUUUGUCUUUUCUACCAGCUACUUUGAUAAGUAACCAGCAAUUGUGAUCUAUAUCUAAAUGUAGCAAGUGAAAUAAUGAAUGUACUCAGUGAAUAUAAGAAUCCAUCAGUGAGUGCCGGUAGUGAGCAGGAAGCUUGGUUUCCUUCCCUCAGUGUCAGACCUCAUCAAACCCUGCAGGCCAGGUGUUUAGAACUAUAGCGGGCACACACUUCCCUCCAGUAACGAGCUUCACUAAUUAUUUUCACAUUCAUUAUUUAUCAUGUUUAUAUGUUUUUGGCACUACAUGUCCACUGUGUUCGAAUGUUUUGGUGUCUCAGGGCUGCAGCAUGAAGCGUUGUCUCGCAGUAGAUGUUUGUUUAUGUGUGUGCGUG